AUGUAUGUCUGCAAUAUACCUCUGUACGACACCACCGUGGCCUUCCUACACGACACUACCGUGGCCUUCCUACACGACACCACCGUGACCUUCCUACACGACACUACCAUGGCCUUCCUACACGACACCACCAUGGCCUUCCUACACGACACCACCAUGGCCUUGCUACACGACACCACCGUGACCUUCCUACACGACACUACCAUGGCCUUCCUACACGACACCACCAUGGCCUUCCUACACGACACCACCAUGGCCUUGCUACACGACACCACCAUGGCCUUGCUACACGACACCACCAUGGCCUUCCUACACGACACCACCAUGGCCUUCCUACACGACACCACCAUGGCCUUGCUACACGACACCACCAUGGCCUUUCCUACACGACUCCACCAUGGCCUUCCUACACGACACUACCGUGGCCUUCCUACACACGACACCACCGUGACCUUCCUACACGACACUACCAUGGCCUUCCUACACGACACCACCGUGACCUUCCUACACGACACCACCGUGACCUUCCUACACGACACACCACCAUGGCCUUCCUACACGACACCACCAUGGCCUUCCUACACGACACUACCAUGGCCUUCCUACACUACACUACCAUGGCCUUCCUACACGACACUACCAUGGCCUUCCUACACGACACCACCAUGGCCUUCCCUACACGACACCACCGUGACCGUCCUACACGACACUACCAUGGCCUUCCUACACGACACCACCAUGGCCUUCCUACACGACACCACCAUGGCCUUCCUACACGACACCACCAUGGCCUUCCUACACGACACCACCAUGGCCUUCACUCCCACCAUGGUAUUCCCGAAGAGGGAGUAUGUCAGGAACCAGCCAUCAUGGCAAAGUUUCGGACGUACCCACAAUUCUCUCGCCACGUGUAGGAAGGCCACCACCGUGGCCUUACUGCACGACAUCACCGUGGCCUCCCUACACGACACCACCGUGGCCUUACUGCACGACAUCACCGUUGCCAUCCUACAUGACACCACCGUGGCCUCCCUACACGACAUCACCGUGGCCUCCCUACACGACAUCACCGUGGCCAUAAUACAUGACACCACCGUGGCCAUCCUACAUGACACCACCGUGGCCAUACUACAUGACAUCACCGUGGCCAUCCUACAUGGCACCACCGUGGCCUCCCUACACGACAUCACCGUUGCCAUCCUACACGACACCACCGUGGCCUCCCUACAAGACAUCACCGUGGCCUUCCUACACGACAUCACCGUUGCCAUCCUACAUGGCACCACCGUGGCCUCCCUACACGACAUCACCGUGGCCUCCCUACACGACAUCACCGUGGCCAUACUACAUGACACCACCGUGGCCUUCCUACACGACACCACCGUGGCCUUCCUACACGACACCACCGUGGUCUUCCUACACGACAUCACCGUGGUCUUCCUUCACGACCCAACGAUGGCCUUCAUACACGACACCACCGUGGUCUUCCUACACGACAUCACCGUGGUCUUCCUUCAAGACAUCACCGUGGCCUUCCUACAUGACACCACCUUUGUCUUCCUACACGACAUCACCGUGGUCUUCCUUCAAGACAUCACCGUGGCCUUCCUACACGACACCACCAUGGCCUUCCUACACGACACCACCACCACCUCUGUACUAGAUACCACCCCACGACACUACCGCCUCUGUACCCAUCUGUCAUGUGUCAUACCACGCAACGACACUACCGCCUUUGUACCCAUCUGUCAUGUGUCAUACCACCCCACGAUACUACAGCAUCUGUGCCCAUCUGUCAUGUGUCAUACCACCCCAUGA